CUCCGGAGUUCCAGCUGCUGAGAGCUGCCACCCACCGCUGGCUCUGCGCACUCCCGCUUUCUGCCUUGUAAACUCAGAGGUCCCGACCGCUGUGGGCAGGCAUUGCUGCAGAUUGGGGUCAACAUGAUGGCCCUGCCUGGAGGCCGCCACCUGGAUUCCAUUCCCCUGCAAGAGCAGAGGCUGCACUUCAUGCAGGUGGACUCUGUCCAGCGCUGGAUGGAGGACCUGAAGCUCAUGACGGAAUGUGAAUGCAUGUGCGUCCUGCAGGCAAAGCCCAUCAGCCUGGAGGAAGACACGCAAGCCGACCUUAUCCUAGCAGGUGGUCCUGGCCCCGGAGAUCCCCUACAGCUGCUCCUGAAGCGGGGCUGGGUCAUCAAUACGGAACUGCGAAGGAUCGGGCAGAAGCUGGCCCAGGACCGCUGGGCACGUGUACAUAGCAUGAGUGUGCGUCUGACGUGCCAUGCACGCUCCAUGGUCAGCGAGUACAGCACUGUCAGCAGGACCAUCUCACAGGAAAUGGGCCAGGCGGAGAAGCUGCUCAUGGAGAAAUGUUCUGAGCUCUCAGCAGUCACAGAGAGGUGCCUCCAGGUGGAAAAUGAGCAUGUUCUGAAGUCAAUGAAGGCCUGCGUGAGUGAGACCCUGAGCAUGCUGGGCCAGCACUUUGGCCAGCUACUGGAGCUGGCCCUGACACGGGAAGUGCAGGCACUUGUGAGAAAAAUUGAUACCUCAGACAACAUCUACAUCACGGAGUCUACCACAGGAAACCUGUUCAGCCUGACCCAGGAAGGGGCUCCUUUGUGCCGCAUCAUAGCCAAGGAAGGUGGAGUUGUAGCCCUCUUCAAGGUCUGCCGACAAGACAGCUUCCGGUGCUUGUACCCACAGGCUCUCCGUACACUGGCUUCUAUCUGCUGUGUAGAAGAGGGUGUCCAUCAGCUGGAGAAGGUGGACGGUAUCCUGUGCUUGGCCGACAUCUUGACUGAUGACAGUCACUCAGAGGCCACUCGAGCUGAGGCUGCAGCCGUGGUGGCCCAGGUUACCUCCCCACAUCUGUCCUUUACCCAGCACCUCACCAGCUUCCUGGAGAACAUGGAGGAGAUUGUGACAGCCCUCAUCAAACUGUGCCAAGAGGCCUCAUCAGGGGAAGUCUUCCUGCUGGCCUCUGCGGCCCUUGCCAACAUCACCUUCUUUGACAAAAUGGCCUGUGAGAUGCUUCUGCAGUUGAAUGCCAUCCGUGUCCUCUUGGAAGCCUGCAGUGACAAGCAGAGAGUGGACACACCCUAUACUCGGGACCAGAUUGUAACCAUCUUGGCAAACAUGUCUGUGCUGGAGCAGUGUGCCUCUGACAUCAUUCAGGAGAAUGGGGUCCAGCUCAUCAUGGGCAUGCUGUCUGAGAAGCCGCGGUCUGGGACUCCCGCUGAAGUGGCAGCCUGUGAAAGAGUACAGCAGAAAGCUGCGGUGACUCUAGCCCGCCUCUGCCGAGACCCGGAUGUGGCCCGGGAGGCCGUGCGGCUCAGUUGUAUGUCUCGCCUUACUGAACUCUGCAGGUCCCCGUCUGAGAGGAACAGCAGUGACGCCGUACUUGUGGCCUGUCUGGCUGCCCUGCGUCGAUUGGCUGGGGUCUGCCCAGAAGGCCUUCAGGACUCUGACUUCCAGCAGCUGGUCCAGCCUCGGCUUGUGGAUUCCUUCUUGCUGUGCAGCAACAUGGAAGAGAGCUUUGUGUAGCAAGUGGGGAGGAGACACACUUCAUGCACUUCUCAGAACUUGUUAGCUCUCCUGGCCUCCUUAUUUAUAUGUAAUUUAUUUUUUACAUAAAAUAGAAAGGGAAAUAUUUGUCAGUCAGUAGCUGGUCCUUGGGAGUCAUUUUCUUUUCUUUUCUUCCUUCCUUCCUUCCUUCCUUCCUUCCUUCCUUCCUUCCUUCCUUCCUUCCUUUCUUUCUUCCCCCCCCCCCGCCUUCCCUUCUCUCCUCUUUCCUUCUCUCUUUUUGACUUCCAUGGCUAUGCAGAUGCAGAAGUUGAAUUGUGUCAAGGCUAACAUGACAGGCUGUCACGGGUGACUCCCGUCAUAAUGCUUUCUCUCUCCUCAGUGUAUACUCUUGCCUAUUUUUUUUUUUAAUCUUUGAACUGGGGUAUUUUAACUGCCCAGCAUUUUUUUAAAAGUUAGUUUUAUUCUUUUCAGAAAUUCAAAGUGAAUUUCACAGUUGAACAGAUAUACAGUAAGGAAAUGUUUUUCUUUAAUAAAUGGAAUAAUGGAAAUAUG